AUGUAAGCGGGUCAAGGUUUAGAGGAAACUAUAAGGAUGUAAAAUUAAGGUAAUUUUUAUAUUUUUAUAGCGAAGGCAAUCAUUUUAACAGAUAGAAUUAUAAUUUAAGUAGCAGACUCUUUUGCAAGUCCUUAAGGGAUAAUUUACUAUUAUACAAAUAUGGAAUUCUAUGUUAGACAUAUUUAAAUUGAAUUACAUGUUUCUAGAGUUGCUUAGCUAUUAAAAAUAUCUGAAAUAUAUACAGUUAGAAGAUUGUAGGUCACGGAAAACCGAUUUGCUGAUUUAUAAGUUUUCAUUUUUGAAAAUGAUAGAAUUACAAAGAUAGAAUUUUUAAUGAUAUUGUCUAAUCUGUAUAGAUUGGUUAUUAAUAAUAGUGUAAUUUUAGAAUUAAAUUAAGACUUUACCAAAUCUUGA